AUGAGAAGCUCAAACGUGUCACGCCACAGGAGCGCUGAGGAAGAUGAAGCAGUGACGCUGGGAUCCGCAAAACAGAAGACGGCGAAGCGGGGCCAUGCGGAGGAGACAUCCGGCAGAGACGCGACGCUGAAGCGUCGGCGUCGGGCAUUCUCGUGCCUCUCGUGCCAGAAGUUGAAGUGCAGGAUCGAAUGUUCUCUUCGGGGAGAGGCUACGGCCCCCUCUUCAAAUCUCAACGUUGAGCAACCUGCCACCAGUGUGGAAGACAGGCUCCAGCGACACGAGGACACGCUACAAGAGAUCAAGUCCAUGGUCAAGGAACUGAAGGCCCAAAAGCAGGCAUCCAGCGAGGGCCUACUCCCUCGCGUUGCUCUCGGGGCCCGCCACGAUGAGCCGAGUGCGCCAACAGUGAACGAGGAUAAUGCAGGCCCCGACCACUUCUCAAGCCUGGUUGAUAAGGGGACCGAUUCCGCCCCGGUCGCUGUGCUAAGGGGUAUUUGUGAGCAGGUCCAUCGAGGCUACCGAAGACUCCUGGAACACGUGAAUCUGGAUCUCGUGCAGCUCCAGUUGGUUGAUGAACAGACUGCGACCGAAUUGAUAGAGCUCUUUCUCCAGCACCAAGGCCACACCCUCUUGGCCUGCAGCAGCGACGACCUGAAGCAGCGCAGCGGUACUCGCCCCGUGUCAGCCUUCUUACACAGCGUAUGUUCCUUGAUCGGAAUCGUCUACCGCGACGACAUCUGUGGAACAGCGCUGCAUCGGCAAGUAUACGAGCAAGUGCGAAUUACACUGGGACAAGCCCUCCUUUCGAGCCCCUUAAAUCUGGAAGAGAUCAACGCCGUCCUUCUUAUGAGCAACAACGCAAAUACACCGAGCAGCCAAGGGCUCGAGUACAUCGACAGCUGGCUGUUGACCGGAUACUGUGCACAGCAAGCCAUGCUCAGCACCAGCUUCUCCAAGAUUGUCAAUAACGUCAAACGGGGCAACUCCACAACUGAAGAUCAUAGGGCAAUUCACCAAUGGGCAACGAUAUGCCUACAUCACCUGCAAUGGGCGGCGACCACGGGUAGACCGUCUAUCCUUUCGACCUCCUAUAUCGAUCAGUGCAACAUCCUGCUUAGCUUCUAUCAAGCGACUAUGCAGGAUGGAAUGCUCGUGGCAGAAAUUAUGCUCUAUUCUACCCUGCACCAGAAGCUUUCGCGGCAGUCGUAUCUGGGCGAUGGGGGUGAAUGUGAAGAGUUUUUGGCGUGGAAGCAGAAAUGGAAUCACCUCCUAGCGCUUUCCACGUCCUCAAUGCUGCGAAUUGGUUAUCACGCGGCCUGCCUCAUUCUGGCCGUCCGCUCCCUCGAGGAGACGGGCCGCGCGCUGAACCCCAAUACGUUCCUCUCAACGGGCGCGGCCGAGGACGGAAACGAGGACGACGGCCAACACUUGGCGGAACCGAGGGACGCCACGGGCGGCGAUGGGGACCUCCUCCGGGCCAACGCGUGUAGGUAUGCCUUGCUGGUUCUGCAGACAUUCCUCGAGAUGCCCCCAUUUCUCAUGGACGCGAUACCUACCUGUCUCUGCCUCUGCAUCGGAUACUGUGCGCUCGUACUCGCUCACUACACCGAGGCGCAAUCCAAGAUAUCAGAUCAGCUCAGUCUUAGCCUAAUCACGCACAUCGACCAAUGGAUCAGGACGUCACCGGGCAAGUCCUGGUCCUACAAAUACGGCGCCCUGGCCAAGAACAAAGUCGAGGCGCGAUGCAACCGGGGCUUGAGGCAUUCAGGGGCGGCAGGCCAAAAGGGGCCGGGAGACCACCGCCCGGCGUCCGUCCUACCGAAUAAGGAGGAACCUCCAGUGCCCGCUGGCCGCCCGGGAGCCUACAACACGGACGCUAUGCUGACCUCGGGCUCUUCGGUACAAGCAUCUGGGUCCGAGUCGGCCUUGCCCGCGUUUGACUUGAAUGAGCAGUCUGUUUUUCCCAACAUGGAGGAUUUCUUCGGUGGCGGGUUCCUGGAUUUCAUGAAGUGA